UUUCUGAAUGUAUACUUGUGUUCUACCUACCAUGCCCAUUGGUCAGUUCCAAAACACUUUUGUGUUUGUUCCACGUGUGUGUGUGUAUAUAAAUAUAGAAAUUCUUUGUUAUUUGGUGUGGUUGUGGACAAAGGUGUGCAAUUACUUUGUUGUAGUAAGAAUUUUUGGUGGUAGGCCUGAAACUAUUUCAUCAUUGUUUUUGUGGAGUUUUGAUAUUAUAGAAUUUAGAAUCAACUAAAAUUAGAAGUUAACAUCUACCUGGAAGGAGAAAUAUGUCAAGAAGAAAAGAACCUUUCCGCAAUUUUAAAAGUGCAUAUUUUCUACAUAGAUAUGUACCUGAAGAAGAGCUUCUAUGCAAGAAUGGAUGUGGAUUUUAUGGUAACCCUAUUUGGAAAGGGAACUGUUCAAGGUGUUAUAAAAGGCUUAAUCAGCACUCACUUAAACGCUCUGAAUUAAAGAUCGAAUCAUCCAAAAGGUUGCCAUCACAGUUCAGUGGAAAAUCAACAGAAAGCUCUUUUAGUCCGUUUGCAAAAUUUUCACAUAUGGUAAAGGAACUGGCCAUGCGUAAAGGAACAACAGCACACCCAGGAGAAAAAAAACAGUGUCGUAUGAGGUUUGAAAGUCAACGUUUUGAUGACUUUGUAGAGCUAAUGAAGCCAAUAAAAGAAUCUGCAGUGCAAGAAGUGAAGAAGCAUGCACAGGUCUUAAUACAUAAAGUUCAGAAGUGCUCAGAGUGGACCGUAAAUGACCUAUCAGAAUUAAUUCAGGACUUUUAUCGGUCAAUGAAAGAAAGAUUUGAAAUACAUCCAAUUUUUGAAGAUACUAGCCAGGAGGACAUUGAAGAACUAAUGAACUUCACAGAAAAAUAUCUGUUGACAAGGCUUUACAAAGUAUUGUUUACCCAUUUCUCCUCAAAAUAUGAAGAAAAUGACCUAGCCAUCCAAAAGUGGAUUCAACGCCUCGGUUGGGUUACAGCACAACAUCUGGACUUUUAUAUUGAUGAAACACUUCCAGAAGUCCGAGAUCUCAUUGACAGAGCCAUCACAAAUAUCAUUGAAAUGGAUUCUAGAAGGGCAUCUCUGGACAAAAUAGACUGCAUUGUUCACUGUAGCUAUCACAUCCUCAAUUUCAUCCAGUUGUGUCAGGACAGACCAGCCAGUGCUGAUGAGUUUUUGCCUGCCUUGGUAUUUAUCGUUCUAAAAGCAAAUCCCCCACGCUUAAAAUCUAACAUAGAGUACAUUACGAAGCUGAGUGCUCCAGGCAGACUGAUGAGUGGUGAAGGAAGUUAUUACUUUACUAACUUGUGCUGUGCUGUUGCUUUUAUUGAGGGUCUCACAGCAGAAUCACUUAAUUUAAGUGAGGAUGAAUUUGAUCGCUAUGUUUCGGGAGCAGCACUGCCCCCUGGUAGCUGUGUACAGAAUGCAUAUCUCUGUGAAGGUCUUCGAAUUAUGUACCAGAACCUGGCUGAUUUGUCAGACUUACAGCAACGUCAGGAGAAACUACAGGCUGAAACAAUAUCGCUUCGGGAAGAUAUAAAAGAAUUCAAGGAGAUUAUUGCAAAAGAAGUAAAUAGCACGAAAACUAUGUACCUUUCUCAGCCAUACAAGAUUCCUCCUAUAGUGAAGUGGGCACAACUGGCAUCUGUUUCCCAUGAGCACACAUUACAGGGUGAAACAAACUCUAUGUAUCCAGCUGAUAUUUACCUGACUAAAGCCACCUUGGUUGACCAGAAUACUGGACAACAACCUGUAGAUAAUAUGAAUUCUUCCACAGGAUAAUUAGAUUGAAGAAAUUGUUAUUUCUCCUUCAUUAACACCAGUAGCAGUACAUCAAGACAGCCAAGACUGAACUGAUAUAGCUGAAGUAAAACAUUGGAAAUAAGUGAAAGUAUUGAUGAAUAUGGUACUUGGGAAAAUGAUAGAUGUAGGACCUUAUCAGAAAGUGAAGUGGAGGAAUGGGAUAACUUUGCCUUAAGUUGCAAAAAUCACAGAGAAUGGGAAGGCAGUAGCCUGACAAUAAUAUUGUAGUGUAAAAUACAUCAGUAAAGAAAAGUCAUUGUAUUUUUUAUUUCACUUUUGUGAAGUCUAUGAUCUGAGUUUGGAUUGGAGUGUAUCAGAUGUGUGAUAUAUGUAUAUUAAUUUUAAGUUAGUUGCCAUUAUAUGACUUGUUGUAAUUGUGAUUAGAGAGAAUGUCACCAAGAUAACCACAAAUUCUUAUAGUCUUUGUUGAUAAUACCUUUUCAUAUUAGUGAGUGUAUGACAUUCCACUUUUUAAGAAUUUCUGACAACUGUGUACUUAUUUAAAUAUUUAACCUUUUAUUACAUAGAAAUCAUUUUGUUUAAACACUAUAUGUAUAUGAUGUAGCUAAGUGUUUAUUUGAUCUCAUAAGGUCCCACCCAUGUUAACAAAUCACUCAGGUGAAGUAUUAAAUGUAGAACACAAAGGGCUUUACAUCAUUUAAGUGUAAAAUGUAACAAAGUUAUUCAGAUUCUUUUAGCUUUAUUUUUUCCUCUUUCAUCUUUCUCCAACAUCUAAAGUGAUAUUUAUAAUGUUCUUGUAAAAAAUUGCUGAGGCUUAUUUCUAAGCAUUGCUUGUUCUUUGUCUAGAAAUAAGCCUAUUUAUUAAACAAAUGUUUUGUUGUUGUGUUUUUUUUGUUUUUUUUCUAAACUUUACUUAGAUUUUUCUGAUGUUCUGUGUCUAUUUCUUUGUAGUUGGACUAACUUUCUUUAAUAAUUGGGAUUGAUUUGUUUUUCUCACGUGUUGAAUUAUAUUGCUAUUAAACUUGGAAACUAUUAAAUUUAAACUUGCUGCCACUAGGUAUAUCUUGCACUUAGUUUAGUACUGCUACAUGUUAAUUGCUAAAAUCACCCAUAUGAUAAUCUAUUAUUAGUCUAAGUUUUGUGCUUGUUCAGAGAUUUUAAACAGCUUCAAUGCAUUUUGGUAUAUUUAAAGGUAGAAUCCUAGCCUUGCCACUGAGUUUAUUUUUGAAACAUGACUGUGAUUUUUAUUUAGUACAAAAAUAAUGCAGACUUCUUGGAAACAUUGGAUUUUCAUGAAUCUAUGGUACAACUAAACACCACCUGAGGGUCUAGAGGUCUUUUAAGUAUUGAUCAUAGGAAGAAAUAAUAAUGUAUGUAAAAACUAUUUUGUGUAAUGAUAUAAAAAUGUUGUAAAUUAAGGCACUGACAAGGAGAAACCAUAUAUAUUUAAUGUAGUGUCUUCAUAUGUAUUGUUGUAAUGAAACUGUAUCUCGGUUUCAUUUCUAUAAAUAACCAUUUGAAAAUACUGUAGAAGAUCAAGCAUUUGAAUAAUACUGUUAACCAAUAAAAACAGAUACUUAUUUGUACAUCACUCCAGCAAGUGACAACUCUGAUUCUACAAAUAACCAAUUAAAAACUAGAUCAUGGCUUUACAUGUUUCAUAACAAAGGAAAAUUUUGUUGUGAUAAGUAUUAAUACCAAAAUAAACUGUAUUAUAAUCAUCUACUCAGAAUUUCCAAAGAAUAUUUAGUGAAUAAAUAUACAACAAAAAAUAUAACAGCUUAGGUUUAGUCAUUUUUAUCCUAAUAAUUUUCAUAUUGUAUCUACAUAUUUGACAGGUGCAUACUAUAAUUCCUGUAUGAACUUUUUUAUAACCCAAAUUGUUGGACAAAAUGUAUCUUAAAACACUAGUUUUGCUUCCAACUAAGUUCCUCAAAAUAAAUUUUGAAGCAAAGUUUAUCUUAGAUAUGUAUACAAUUUUAUACUUGGAUUUUUUGCAUCUAUUUAUUUCUCGCAGUAAUUAUAAGUGUUUUUUAAAAAUCAAUAAUAGUUAGUUGUUAAGGUAUUUUUAUUGUUUGAGCAUAUAGAUAAGCAGUAGCUUUUUUAACAUUAAUAAGUAAGUACAAAUUAAGAAUUUUAUGGGCAUUGCAAACUUCAUUACUCUGAUAUUGAAGUUUUUCCC